GAGUGAGGGAGGGGGGCGCGCGGGUCUCUCUCGCGCGCGUGCGCGGGGCAGAGGGUCUUGAGGACGGUGUUCGCGUGUCGGCGGCGGCAGCAGCAGCAGCAACAUGAGCCACGAUUUCAAACCCGGGGACCUCAUCUUCGCCAAGAUGAAAGGCUACCCGCAUUGGCCAGCCCGGGUGGAUGAAGUUCCUGAUGGAGCAGUCAAGCCACCUACAAAUAAAAUGCCUAUAUUCUUUUUUGGCACGCAUGAAACAGCAUUUUUGGGACCAAAAGAUAUAUUCCCCUAUGAGGAAAACAAAGACAAAUAUGGCAAACAAAAUAAAAGGAAAGGCUUCAAUGAAGGCUUGUGGGAAAUUGUGAACAAUCCAAAAGUAAAAUUUUCUACUCAGCAGCUCCAUCCAGCUAUUGACCCUACAGUUGUUAACGAAACUGCUGAAGAAACUAGCUUAGAUACUGCAGAGGAAAAUGAACAAAAAAUGGUGCCCAAAAGGAGAAAGCUGACCACCCUUAAAGAUUCAGUUAAGGAGGAUAAUAUAACCUCUGAAGCUGAAAUAGAAGAAAAAGAGAUGGAAACCUCAAAAGAUGAUGAUUCUUCAGAAAAACCUAGUGAAGAUAUUGAGAAAUCAGAUGAUGCACCUAUCCCUAAGGUUGCUAGGAGGGGGAGAAAAAGAAAGGCUGAAAAACAAGCAGAAGUUGAAGAGGCAGCAGUGGCAGCAACAGCUGCAGUGCCUACAGCUCCAAAAGCAAGUCCUAAAAGAGGAAGGCCAGCUGCUUCUGAAGUAAAGAUUCCAAAACCCAGAGGAAGACCAAAAUUGAUAAAACCAGCCUGCCCUCCUGAGAGUGAUGUUGUUCACGAGGAAGAUAAGAGUAAAAGAAAGGGAGCUGAAGAAAAACCACCCAAAAAACUGCAAAAAAGGGAUGAAGAAAGUCAAAGGGAAGAAGACAAUGUAAGAAAAGACCCAGAGAAAAAAGAAGGCAAAAAAGAAGCUGAGCCAAAAAGGAAAAAUGCUUCCAAAGUGGGAUCGGCAUCAGCCUCAGAUUCUGAAGAAGACGGAGAAGAGCAGGAAGGGAAUAAAAAGAAAAAAGGAAGAAAUAUCCAAGGGCCUCACAGAAGGAAUAUUUUAAAAGCCCAGUAUGAUCGUGAAGUAGCAGAGAGAAAACGUAAGCAGGAAGAGCAAAUGGAAGUAGAAUUGCAAAACAAGGAAGAAGGCAAAAAACCGGAAGCCAAGAAGAUGGAGAAAAAACGAG